GCGGAGUUGGAUGUAAAACUUCCCAGCUCCCACCAGCCAAAGCUGUAUCAGCUCCGGAGCAGGGAAGGAGUUGGGCCAUAAACAUUCUUUGCCAACCCCAAGCCCACCACGGGAUCCAAAUUGUCCCGUGGAGCUUUUCUUCCCUCCUGGAGCUGCUUUGUCCUCGCUGAUCCCGGGGCAGGAAGCAUGUGAUGCACCGAGGCCCUCACCACGGGACGGAUGGAUGGGCAGACGGUCGGUUUGGCCUCUUCCCCCCCUCCCCAUCCUCCGUUUUCCACUUCCCCAUCAGUCUCCGUCUGCUCCGAGCAAAGGAGAAAGGAAGUUGCAGCCGGAGAGGGCGGCUUGAUGGCAGCUCGAUAAAGAAAAGGAGGAAAUGGAAGGCGACACAGAUGCUCCAAAACAACCCCCCCUUCCUCCUCACCCUCCUCCUCUCCUCCCUGCAGCUGCCUCCCCCCCGCCCCCCCAGGGCACAGUAAUCCCAGAGGGAUUCCUUGAUAUGGCACCAGAUCAGCUCCCCCAUCCCGAAUCAGCACUGUGGGGGUAUCACCCCCACCCAGUGAUGGAGCACCCGCAGUCAGUGCCCCUUCAGGUGCCAGGAUCCCAUUCCCACGCAGUGCCAGUGAACGGGAAGCGCCGGCGGGAUUUACCACCUACGCCCGGGGUUGGAGCCCCCUUGGAUGCAGCGCCCAGCUCCUUGCACAGACACGUUGGAGCUGCUGGGGCAGAUCGACAUUCCCAGGCAUUGGUGCAAAGGAGACACCAGAACCCUUCUGUUCCUUCCUGUGGGUGCCCUCGCUGGGGCUGCAUUCCGGGGCACCUGCAGGAAGAAGAUGAUGGGAUUGGGGCAUUCAGAUCCCAGCGCCAGGGAUGGUGAUGAUGAUGAUGGGGACGUGGCCAAGUGUGUGGUGUGAGCACCAGGAGUGUGCGGAGCGCGAUGCAGAGUGUGGUGUCCGGCUGAGGCGAUGCCAGCACUUCCCACCGCAUCCCUCUCCCCUGCUCCAGGGAGCCGUGGUGGCCGUGCCAAGAGGAGUUUUUCCUCAGGCGAGGUGUUUACCCAGUGGCUUCCUCCCUGGCCUCACCCCGCUGGGCACACACGCGCCGGACCCGGCGCCUUUUGGUGCUGUUUGCACCCAUGGCAACGUGCGAGUGCCGGUGGUUGUGAGAGGCGGCGUUUGUCCUUCCUCUUCCUCCUCCUCUGCUGCCCCGGCGCUGAGAUGGACACCUUCAGCACCAAGAACCUGGCCCUGCAGGCCCAGAAGAAGCUCUUGAGCAAGAUGGCUACCAAGACCAUAGCCAACGUCUUCAUUGAUGACACCAGCAGCGAGAUCUUGGAUGAGCUCUACCGGGCCACCAAAGAGUACACCCACAACCGCAAAGAGGCGCAGAAGAUCAUCAAAAACCUCAUCAAGAUCGUGAUGAAGUUGGGCGUUCUCUACCGCAACGGGCAGUUCAGCGCCGAGGAGCUGCUGGUGAUGGAGCGCUUCCGCAAGAAGGUCCACACCUUGGCCAUGACGGCCGUCAGCUUCCACCAGAUAGACUUCACCUUCGACCGCAGGGUCAUGUCGGGCGUGCUCACCGAGUGCCGGGACCUGCUGCACCAGGCUGUCAACGGCCACCUCACCGCCAAGUCCCACUCCCGCAUCAACCACGUCUUCAAUCACUUUGCGGACUACGAGUUCCUCUCGGCUCUCUAUGGGCCAUCCGAGCCCUACCGCACCCACCUGCAGCGGAUCUGCGAGGGGGUUAACAAGAUGCUGGAGGAGGACAACAUAUGAAGGUGGCUGAGGCAGCGCGGGCGCCUGGUUUGAGCAGCACCGGGCUCGGUGUCCUCUUCUCUGCAGCACAACCCCAUUUGCUCCUUGUGUCUCCACCAAACUGAACCUCUCGACUGUGUCUAACCCUUGCCCAGUGUCUGCAAACCCCUCCCUGUGCUGGGCUGAGCCCUUCCUGGGUGACCCUGGGCCGCUGGGCUCCUGCUGUACAGUUUGAUUUCCUUUGUCCACUAAGUGCUCUUAGCUCCGGGUCCAAGGAACCGGACUCCUCCCCUUGAUCUCUGUUGUAACUCUCCUGGGGGAGACCCAGACCAAAGGCUCUUGGUGUGUGACGCCUCUCGGGGCUCUCUGAGCGGGGGGCGGUUGUUUGGAUGGACACUGGUGAGGGCUGGGGAGCCCCAUGGUUUCCUUUCUGCAGCUCCACGAUGUGCUGGGAGCAAAUCGUGGCCCACACUGGUGCCGCGCGGGGGGGAAGGCGUUUCUGCACCUUGCAGGCUCUUCAAAGACAAGGCCUGGGGACCAGAAGGAUCCCACCCCACCUGUCCGCGGGAGCAGGGAGGGAGCUGCUCCUUCCCCGCAUCCCAGCUACAUCCGAGACACAAUUCCCCCCCCGGCUGCUGCGGUGGUACCACUGCGGUGGCUCCGGUGCCUUUGGUGGUGUCCAAAGCCCUCCCAUGGAUUCCAGACAUUUCACGUGUCCUCUGCUGAGUUCUGGCUGUGGUUUUUUAGCCGACUGUCGCUCUGAUGAGUGACGGAAAUAAACCAAACAUCCUUAAAUGGAGAUGGCUCCCUGUGACCCGGGCUUUGUGCUCUCCAGCCCCAGCAUCGCUGCUGCCCAGGCUGCCCCUGCUCCCCGCAGCGGGAAGCAGCUUUGCAGGAUUCAGGGAUUCGGUGCAGGUGAGUUGGGCUCUCGGAGCAUGAAUGCCCCAACCGGAGCCUGCUCCCAGCACGCUGAGCUUGGCUUUGAACACGGGAAAUUGCCCUUUCAGCAAUCAGGACGCGGCACAAUCUCAUCCGGCCUUAUCUCCACAGCCUCCUCGUGCCUCCUGUUCCAUGGGAUGUCUCCAGGCACAGGAGGACGGCAGUGCUGAUGGGCAGAGCAUUGUGCCUCCCGUUCGCUGCUACCUUUCCACCGCUGGCUCGAGGCACUGAGAACUUCCAGCCUUUAAGAUUCAAUAAAAGGAAUCCCCCCCAUCUGGGUCAUUCCACAGGCCUGGC